UUAUAUAACUUGAUUGUAUAAAAGUUCGUUCUCUCUGCUCUAUACAAUUGUCUCGCAUGUGAUUUACCCUUUGAAAUAAAAAGAUUCAUGGAGUCAAUUUUUGUUUUGCUUCAAAAUCCAGAUGAUGCUCUUAGUUGUACUUCGGUAAAUUUCAAUGAUUCCUCGAUUCUAGUUGAAACAUUCUUUGAAGUGAGACAGUGUACUUCAUAGCCGCAAAUGUUAAAGAUUUGAGAACCACUUGGUACAUGGCGUGACCUUGUGGUAGCAACUGCGAACAUUUCUGACACCAGGGAUUCGUAUGUAACGAACGGAAGCUAACACCAGAGACAUGACUUCCAACCGACAAUGAAUUGCUAACGUCCAUGAAACAUAAGUCUCAACUAUUCUAGCUAAACAAAUCGGGCCAACGUACUCAUAUCUAUUCACAAGACAAUUCUCGUUUAUUAUCUAGUCAAUAUUUGGCUGUAAGAAAAGAUUGAAGGCUUUGUACAGUUUUAUAUGACAUGGGUUUAAAUCUCUAACAUUCUAAGCUACCCAGCGAAGAUUACGUGAUAUCUAAGUGGAUUUACAGGCCUGACGAUGACAAUGCUGAGAUUGAGUGUCGUGCUUCACAAUGGUUUGGAAAGACAUGUCACUGUCAUGAAGUUAAAUAAGUCAGUUCGUGAUUUGUCCACUUCUGGAUGUCCAAUGUCUUCGGAUGAGGCUAAGGCCAAGCCAUUCCAUGCUAUCCCAGGUCCAGGAGGACUGUACCAGUGGCCAUUCAUUGGAUCACUGUUGAACUUCAAACCAUUCACGAAGUAUAGCCCUGAAACAAUCCCAGACUACUUCAACCAUCUCCACGACAAGUAUGGACCUGUGAUCAGGUUACGCUUGGGAUAUCCUGUCGUUGUUGUGGCUGACCCUAUAGAUAUCGAGACUGUGUUCAGAAAUGAAGGAAAAUAUCCACGCCGUCUAGCCUUUGAUCUGCUCGAAGCAUACAAUAAAAGGAAUAACCUUCAAGCUACCCUAGGACAGUUGCAAGGUCCUGAAUGGCACACACUCCGAGCUCCUGUGAAUAAAAGACUUCUGAAAGUGGACUCGGCCACACAUUACCUGGGACAACAGAACCAAGUGGUGGAAGAUUUUGUCAAAAUUCUUGAAACACAGGAACUGUCUCCGGAACAAUUCCAGGAUCUUUUUUUCCGUUAUGCUUCCGAGAGUAUCGCUGUUGUGCUCUUCAACAAAAGACUUGGUUUAUUUGACGCCAAUCCUGACAAAGGAUCUGUCGAUUUCCUGAAGGCAGCAGAAACAGCACUCAAAAUGAUCCAAAACUCAUUGUAUGGGAAAUCUGUUUUGCACAAAUGGUUUCGGAAUGAGACAUACCGAACAUUCGAGACAGCACAUAAUCUAAUUAGAAGAGUUGCACUAGGUCAUAUAAGACAGGCCAGAGAAGUGUUGGACACACAAGUCAAGUCAGGACUGCUGAAAGAGGAGGAGCCCAACCUUCUCUUAUCUCUGCUGUCUGAGAGAAGUCUAACAAACGAACAGGUCGCUGAUAUAAUGAUUGCCCUUUAUUUCGCUGGGACAGACUCGACGGCGAAAUACAGUCAAGUUUUCUUGUACAACCUGGCCAAGAAUCCAGACAAACAAAACAUUUUGAGGAGAGAAAUUCUAGACGUUUUGGGACCAGACGGACCUUUGACCUCCUCAGCCUUGUCGAGGAUGGUUUAUUUGAAAGCUGCACUGAAAGAAUCAUUUCGGUUAAUAUUUCCAUUACCCAUCGGAAACCAUCGAGUUCUCCCAGUAGAUGUUGUGUUAGGGGGAUACAAAAUUCCUGCUGGUGUUUGCGUUUACAUGUUUAAUCACAGAGCAACAAAAACACAUUUUGAGAACCCCGAUCAGUUUCUCCCUGAGAGAUGGCUGAGGUCAGAGGACAAUACAAAGAAAGAUCCAGCUCAUAGUAUGAUUGUUCUACCUUUUGGACACGGCCCCAGAAACUGUAUAGGUCGACGUUUUGCUGUCCAGGAGAUCUAUCUAGCUGCUGUGAAGGUUCUGCAAAAGCUUCAAGUGGAUGUUGAGCCUGAAUCAUCGUCUGCAAAAUUUGUUUACUUCCCUUUUCCCCAGGCAGAAAAACCAAUACGAUUUAAAUUUACAAAGAUUUGUUAAAGCAUUUGCCUCAUAGACUUAGGUGAUGGCAUUGGAGAAAGUGAAUGAAACAAAAGGGAAAUCACGUUUUUAUUUACAGCUAGUCUCUUUACCUCAACCUCUUUCCCAUUGCUGUCUUUCAUGUUUUGUAGAUGUCAUUAUGACAUUGUCAUGUCUUUCUUUUUUUCUGUCUUCUCUCUGCAUUUACCAACUAUACAAUUAUUGUCAACAAAAGUUCCUUUCCAUAGUAGACAUAAUUAAUGGGCCAAAUACAUUAAUUGUCCCACUAUAAGCAUUUUUAAUCUAAUUAUCAAUUUCCUUAGGCCAGGUCCAUUCUAUCUACCUAUAUAGCCCACAAAUAAGGCGCGUCUAAAACAGACCUCGUACAUAAAGACUGAAGUGCAUACGUUUGACACCGAAAAGAAAAAGUAACGUCGAAGACAUCUUCUAAGGACUUUGUAACAGCUGGUCUUUGUACCGAGUACAAUUUUGCUAUUUUCUUCGUAAUCCAAGACAUUCCGCUAAAUAAGGCCAUGUACACUUUAAACCUUAAGAUUUUGGUCAUUUAAAUUAACACUGUUGUGUGUCAAUAUUUGUACUAAGAAACUCACUCUGUUUGUGUGUCUGUCUGUUUGUGUGUCUGUCUGUCCAUAAGUUUGCUCACGUUAUUUCUCCAACACGCACAUUUUGUUUUACCUGACAAAAAAAAAUAACUGGUCCCAACUAAUUGAUACAAGUACGCCUAGCCCUAGUAUAAGCUUUGUUAUUUAAAAAGUAUUUAUUAAAAUGUUUUUCUUGUAAGAUCUAUAUGUAUCCCUUUGUAGAGAAUCAUGCACUAGAUACUAGACAAUAAAAAUAUGUUUACAUUACAA